AUGGAUGAUCUAACCAACAACACAGCAGCAAGAAUAGCAGCGACAGCGAGAUCGCAAUCAGUAAGUCCCUCUAUCCCGGUAGCAGCCCCAGUGUUAGAGGAAGCAGCCCAAGCAGUCGCGAUAGAUUCCACCAGUGCAGCCAUGGCGCAGUGGACACGCCUGCGAACUACUACAAGGCGUCAGAUUACGAACACGUGCAGCCAAAUCACCACAGCCAUUAGAAGAGGUGACCCAGGAGACAGUGUUCAAGCCCUUGCAGAGUACGCGCAGGAAUUGUUGAGAACCGCUAGUGAUCUCAACAACAGACUGCUUGAAGAAGCUGGCCUAGACGAAUUCGAUCGGCAGCACGAGGCACAUACUAGGUAUGUUCAGCAGGUUAAGGCCGUGGCAGCAGAGCUUCAACGUUACCUUACCCCCCGUGCACAUCCACCAUCAGUUCGAAAUGGCCAUCCCGCCAUUGUACCCUCUGUAUACAGUAGCCGGCAGUCGUCAGCAGUGCAUCCCGAAGCCGACAGACCACAAUCCCACACAGAAGCCCAACAGAGAGUCCUUGCAGCGCAACAGGACCUCCAGGAAGCAGAAAGGGCUCUACAGUCACUAAGGUUAGAAGACAAUGACUUAGAAUAUCGGUCAUUGCCAGGUGUAGUCGAACUCGACGCAGUUAAUCGCUGGUGCCAAGACAACAGAAGAUGGGGAGCAGUAGGAGAAGCGAGCCUACAGGAAGAAGCUCCAGACGAUUGGAUUGAUAUGUAUCGUGCCGGUCGAUUACGACCCCUUCCGCGAGUAGAAGCAGGACCUCAUUCGUCAAUUCGAGCUGAGUUACCUGAUUACAGCGGAAAGGCUCUAGAUUGGUUCGCAUGGAUCGAUUUGUUCCGGGCGUUGGUACAUGACACAUCCAAGGCCGCCGGCGAGAAAUUUGCGAUUUUGAGGAGACAUCUCCAAGGUGACUGUCUAGACGUUGUAUACGGUCUAGGGGGAGAAGCUGCUUACAUUCAAGCAUUGGUCAGGCUUAAGGACAGUUUUGGCAGACGUGACGUCAUGCGAGCAGCGCAUAUUCAAGCGUUAGAGAAACUGGAGUUCCAGAAGAACGAUCCUGCUUCCUUCAAGCGGUAUGCGGAAAAGGUCCGCACACACUUGUUCGAUCUCACUAGAAUAGGCGAAUUCGCCGCCGCAGACAUCAUUGAAAGAAUCUGUCUCAAGCUACAGCUCGCUGAUCGCUUAGCUUGGAAUACGGAUAGAGGAAGUGGACUUGAAAGGCGAAGCCUCGACCAGUUUGGUUCUUGGCUUUGCAACCGGGCCGCCGCGUAUCAAAACGCAUACAGCAUUGCGGCAGACCAAACAAGUGGAGUGCCGGGUAAAGCUCGUGACAGACAGCAUACCCGCACCAACCAGGUUCAGGGUGAAACAAGAGGAAGAGACAAUCGUCAGCCCAACAGUAGCUAUUGCUUCAAUUGCGAAGGCUCCCACAAGUUGGAAGAUUGCCCGUCGUUUAAGGGUCUUACGGCUAGAGAUAAGCUGUCGUUUUGUAGCCGACGUCGGUUAUGUUUCAAUUGCCUGAAAUCUGGACAUUCUGCUAGAGAUUGCAGAAUGAAGAAAUCGUGUUCGGUCCCUAACUGUAAUCGCACACACCAUGCACUGCUUCACUACCAGCCGGAUGACGCGGACGAAUCGGUUCGCCCCGCUACAGCCCGCACCAACCUAGCAAAGGGGAAGAAAGCAGCUGUAGGAAUGAUCCAACUGGAUGUUCUGGAUGCAGAAGGGAAACCUUGUGAAAGCCAAUGUGUUCCGCAGACUCUCGCCGUUGAUGGCGCUGGUGGAGUUUUGAGAAAAUAUACUUCGCGUCGUAUUCAACUCCGAGUUCGGCUACCCACAGGCGAAUUCGCCACUCUUCAAGGUUCGACUAUGCCUACUGUGGCCAGUCCGGUUCCACUUACAGAUUGGAACACCUUAAAGAAGCGUUGGAGACAUUUAGCAGACCUGCCAUUAGAAAGCAAUGGCGGGAGAGUAGACAUCCUUCUCGGAAUAGAUCAGGCCUAUUUGACAACGGCCAUUGAAUCUCGUUUCGGACAAGAAGACGAACCUACUGCUAUUCGUACCCGCCUUGGAUGGGUCGUAAGAGGAGUAAUUGGGAAUACAUUCAGAAAUCUUAUGGCGAGAACGCACGCAGUGUUCACCAGCAUGGAAGAGGAAGGCGACGCACUAGCGCAGCAGAUGAAACGCUUUUGCGACACAGAAGAAUUCGGGACGGAGCACAAGACAGAUGGCGUUUCCGAAGACGAUAGACAAGCUAUCGAUAUUUUAGAAAGCGGAACGCGAAAAUUGGCCGUCGGCUAUGAAACACCCAUCACCUGGAAGGUUGGGGAGCCAGACCUGCCAAACAAUCGGCAUUUGGCCGAAAGAAGAUUGGCUACCCUGCUGCACCGGUUCAACGAAGAACCCGAUUUCGGGCAGGAGUAUAGAAAAGCCAUGGAAAAGAACUUCGAAAAGGGCUAUGCAAUUGUGUUGGCACCCGCCGACUACGGCCCACCGGAGUAUUAUCUCGCUCACCAUGGAGUGAGAAAAGGUCCGAAGCUACGCGUUGUGUUUGACGCUGCAGCACCGUUCAAGGGAAAGUGCUUGAACGACAGUAUUCUCAGUGGUCCGGCUCUACAAACCCCAUUGCCAUCUGUCAUCUUAAAAUUUCGGGAAGGCGAAAUCGCAUGGGCAGCUGACAUAGAAGCCAUGUUUAGUAGAAUACGACUGAGACCAGAAGACGCACGGUACUUUAGGUUUCUUUGGAAAAGAAACGGGGAGGAGAAAGUGUGCGUGUGUGAGAUGAAGCGGCUACCAUUCGGCGCUACCUGUUCGCCAUUCAUUGCGAUCAGUACCACGCGAAAAAUUGCUGCUGAUCUCAGCGAUGACCCGAAAGUCAUCGAGGCAAUCAACACAAGGAUGUACGUUGACGAUUACCUCAGCUCCGCCAAAUCACUGGAGGAAGGUAUUCAAGAAGCAGUAGGCGUUAAAGAAACCCUAGCAAAAGGAGACAUGCACCUUCAAAGCUGGAUCUCCAAUUCCGCAGCUUUUGUGAAAAUCUUAGCACCUACAAGUAAAGGUGUUAGUCAAGGCCCAGCCGAGCUUCCAUUAAGCAAGGACGACUCUGAGAAAGUCCUUGGUGUUUACUGGAACCCGAAUUCGGAUACGCUUAAAUUCAGAGUGAGCGGGCUAGAAGAAAUCACCUACACACGGGUUGGAAUUGCAACCAAGAUCAAGUUAAGGGAGCUCGGAACAAAAGGGCUUCAGUGGAACGAUCUCGUCAGCAGCGACGACCGUGAUUGGUGGGAAGAAUGGUUUAGCGUCCUACAGCAGCUCAACGACAUCGACAUUCCACGCUGUUUAUUCCCAGAUGAAGAGAAUAUUACCCGAUCGGAACUCCACGCAUUUGGAGACGCAUCGGAAGAAGCGUACGCUGCAGUUAUCUACAUUCGGAAUGUGUACUCUGAUGGUCGAGUACUAGUACGACACGUGCGGGCGUCAACAAAAUUGGCACCGAAAAGAAGCAUUUCCGUGCCAAAGUUGGAGUUAAAUGCUGCUCUGCAAGCAGCCCGUCUCGCACGCUCAGUGAUCGGAGCAUUCACAAGGAUUCCGCACCGUCGGUAUUUCUGGACCGACAGCAGCACCGUAAGAAAUUGGAUUCGAGCAACCGCGUCCAAAUAUCAGAUGUUUGUCAGUCAUCGGGUUGGAGAAAUCCAAACACUGACUCAACCAGACGAAUGGCGUUUUGUGCCGGGCAAGAUGAACACAGCCGAUAUCGCAACUCGUUCAGCCAUUGAAGAGGAAGCCCUUCCAUCGCGCUGGUGGGACGGACCGAAAUUCCUACAAGACGACGAAGAAACAUGGCCAGCAGAUUUGCCAUGGAUUGCCGUGGUUGAAGAGAUACGGCCGGUGCGAUCACAUCAAGCCACCGUUACUACUUCAACGUUCGAUUGGGAAAGUGUCAAGAUCGGUGUAGAAGACAUUCCGGACUUAGUAAGACUGGAAAAGGUGUUCUACGAUCUCGUAAAAAGAUGCCAAUCGGAGGUGUAUAGCGAAGAAAUUCGUCGUUUGAAGAAAGGAAAAUGGCUUCAGCCUAACUCAAGUUUACUCUCUCUUUGUCCCGUUCUCGGAAAAGAUGGACUUUUGAGACUAGGAGGACGAGCCGGGCGAGCUAAGUUGCCCUAUGAAGAAUUGCACCCGCCAUUGCUGCCUGCGCAGCAUAGUUUUACGAAGACUAUCGUUCGAGCGUUCCACGUAUUGCUUAAGCACGUUGGAACAGACUACCAGAUCAGCUACAUAAGGCAGCAUUUCUGGAUACCAGGAGGCCGGGAACUAGUCAAAAGGAUUAGACACGAGUGUGAAAAGUGCAAACGAGAACGUGCCAAGCCAGGCGAACAACUUAUGGCUGAACUACCGGAUUCGCGUCUAGAAUCUGGCUCAGCUCCAUUCACUCGAACAGCCUGUGAUCUGUUUGGGCCAUUGGAAGUAGGACUUUCGCGAAAUCGCACAGCAAAGCGAUGGGCCGUUUUGUACACCUGUCUCGUUACCCGUGCCGUCUAUGUGGAUCUCGUGAACUCACUCUCAUCAGACGAUUUCCUUCUUAGCCUUCGGCGUUUUAUCGGACUUUACGGCAAACCUCGCGUCAUGCAUUCCGACAACGGCACAAACUUUGUCGGUGCUGAAAACGAGCUGAAAGAAGAAGCCGAAAAACUGUAUGCCGAUGAGAAAGUAGCCGAGUUCCUGAAUUUGAAAAGGAUUGACUGGAGAUUCCAGCCACCCAGAACACCACAUUUUGGUGGAGCGCACGAGUCGCUUAGUAAGAAGCUACGACAUCCAGCGGAAGACACACUCCGCACUCUCCUAUAUGAAGUAGCCGGUUUAUUAAAUGGUCGUCCCCUCACUGCAGCCAGUACAGAUCCGAAUGACUUCCGUCCGUUAACUCCUAACGAUUUUCUAAAUCGUCCGAGUUCGGCCGACCCACCAGCUGGGACAUUCGACGACGCACUGCCCCGUGAGCAUUAUAGGUACGUCCAGAGAAUGGCCAAUCUAUUCUGGGAUCUUUGGAAGAAAGUUUAUCUCCAGUCACUUGCCGGAAGAAAGAAGUGGAAAUCCCCUCUGCCCAACUUUAAAGUCGGGGAUGUUGUGUUGGAGAUCGACAAGAGCCUACGACGCGGACAAUGGAAUAUCGGCCGGAUUGCGAAGGUAUUCCCAGGGCCAGACGGCCUAGUUCGAGUCGUAGAUGUGCAGCUGGAAAGAGGACUUUUCCGUCGUGGAAUCGACACUCUCGCGCUAUUAGAAGUUAGCUCAGCAGGCGAUGUCGUCCCAGACAUACCCGCUUCGGGGGAGGAUGUUCCGGCGAAGAAUUAA